AUGAAUGAAGAUGAUGAUAUUAUUUUAGAUGAAGACGAUGACUAUAGCGAUGAAGAAACAAGAAAGAAAAGAUUGGUGGAUUACCAAAAUUUAAAAUUUAAAUACUCUACAGAAUUUGAUUUCAAAACAAAUCAAUAUGCAACAUUUAUCAUGAAUUCACUGGAAGUCGAUAAAGAAAUUAAUUUGAACACAUUUAGAGAAUAUAAAGUUGAAGAUACAAAGUUUAAGAUAUUAUAUGCAUCAAACAGUGCCGACGAUCUGAGAAGAUCAUUGAAUUCAUUUUACGAUAUGUUGAUCAUGGUAACCAGAACAUUAAAUUCCUUCUCGUGA